GUCUGCCCAUCCAUCCACCUCAACCCUGACCACCACAGACCACUGAACCCAUUCUCUCAACACCAGAGCGACAUCAACAUUAUUGACGUCGACACCAACACCAUCAGCACCACCACUUCUCAACUUAUCCCUCGCCUGUAUUGAUUGUCACCUUCAUUUGCAUUUUCGGCACCCAUCACGCAGCAAAUUCUGUCACUAGCGUCCUUCUUUUACCUGCAACCGUCUGCUCUUCAGUAUCAUCCCAUUUUUCCCUGCGCCAAUUCAAGCACCCUCCCACACCCGUUAAACACGUCUUUUCAGAGCGCUAUCACUGCCUGCUGGCUCAUUCACGACAUCCUAGACGACAUUGUCCCCCCAGGUCCCUUCGCUGUUACGAUCCUGAAGUCUUGAUUUACGCGAAAACAACGACCAUUCUGUGCCCCGACACCAUCCGCAACCCGUCCGCCUCUUUGACUGCGUCCUGACAGACAAGAGUCCUGCACGACGACAGGAGAGGUCUUGUUGUGCAGAUUGAACGUACGAUUAUUCUUUGGGUCAGUUGAACUAGGCAGGUCGCUGAUAGCGUCUCUUUUGCAGCUUUCUGCUCUUCGACUAUUUCAACGCUCAUGUUGGCCACAACAGCCUGACCCUGCCUCGCCGUUCUGUCCCCAACCUUGUUAGGCGGGUCAUAUCCAUACGCAUUCUUCUUUUAAAAGAUCCCUCCGAGUCAGAGUUAUCUCUAUGCCCAUGAAAUUGCCAAAGGGCUUUCAAAGACGUAAAUCUUCGGGCAAUGCCUUGGAAGAGGUCCUCAAUCCGCCUGCCGGAGGCGAUGGCUCUUUCCGCGUCUUAGACAGACCUACCAGGGAUGGCAAGUCGUUUGAUGGUGGGAUCACUCUAAAACUGGGACGAGAUGAGCCACCACGGCCCCCUCCCAAGGACUCCUACCAGCGUCAUGAGGAUGAUGUCUUCUCUAGUGUCCGCCCCGAUGCAGGCAACCGAGGCAGCGGUGCCACCGAACGAUCUCAUUCAACGGCACCCAAUGGCAGUGCCGCGUCUUCCGCUCGCCUGAGCUCCUCCUCCACCAAUCCCUCGUCCAUCGAUACCAAUGCUCAGACAGUGGGACACAAAAAUUUGAAUGAUAUCCCUGCCCCUCCUCCGGCCUCAGCGAAGCCCAGCUUCUUGCGUGACUCCACACGUUCCUUCUCUUUCGGAGUUGGCAAGAAGUCUUCGCCUGCAUCCUCGCCGGGGGGUCUCCCUCCCACUGGUAGCAUCCAAAGAGAUCGAAAUGUUACUUCAAGCACAACAAGCACCGCGAGCACCGCUACUCCCCCACGGCUCUUCGAUUCCGACCUUGCGCUCGAGAAUUCUGAGCUAGAUGGCUUCGGCAACAUGUUCGACCAUAUUGGGACUAGUUCUCAGCCCCAAGCACCGCGUCCAGUGGCAUCUCCAGAACUUCUGUCUUCUCCUCCAGCUUAUCCACCGAGUAGCUACCCCAGUGCUGCCGCCUCACGAUUACACAGGGGCUCUGUACCGCAAUCGAUCCGCACAGACCGAAACCAGGUGGUGGAGUCGUCACCAUACUCAUGGGCGUCGCACGAUUCCCAUGAAGGCCUGAUACGCUCUCCUAGUCCCUCCAAAACCAUCACUCAACUCAGCCCGCCCAAGGCCAGAGAUUCGUAUUUCACGACUUCGAAUCACAGCCCAUUGCCGCCACAACGGCGCCCAAUCCCAGAAAAGCAAAAAAGUAUGGACGCGUCCGUCCCCUCACUGCAGAGAGCCCCGGCUGCCACGGAAGAGACGACUCUCCUGUCUACAAGUCCAUCCUUGCCGCAACAUGGACGCGAAUCUCCCCGCUCCCUUCGUCGGGACUCAUUCGAUCCUUCGAUCAUGGCCGACGCCGAGCUAGCCACCAUGUACCAAGAGACGAAGACGAUCACACCAAAACCUGUAUCGACGAACAAGGUCAUGACCCCGGCCCAGUGGGAAAAAUACAAGCAGCAGAAAGAGAUGGACCGCAGACUAGGAGCGUUGUCAGAUGACAGUGGAUCCGAACCCGGUGACAACUAUGAAGACGAUGACGAAGUGGAACAAAAGAAGAAAAACUCGAAUCAGAGGCAGAAGCAGCAGGCCAAUCUAGCAGUAUAUCGACAACAGAUGAGAAAAGUGACCGGGGAGACAACACUGCAGUCGCGUCCGGAGAGUUCAUUCGGCAUCGCAACUUAUGGCAAUGGAAGUUUGGGCGAUCUCAACAACCGAUUCUCAAACCUGACGACAGAUUCAAGGCGAUCGGGAGGCAAGAGCAGCGGCGAGGACGACGGUGACGACGAUGAGGACAUCCCGCUAGGGAUACUGGCAGCCCAUGGCUUCCCAAAUAAGAACAAGCCACCAACCAGACUAGCCACCUCUCCAUCAAACCCCAGUCUGAGACCUGUCAGUCAACUACAGUCAUCUCCAUCACCGGGAACGCCUUCGAUGAUAGAGCCGGCCUCGAAAGGCGGCAGACUGCCUCCCUUUGCACGACAACUUCCGCAGGAUCCCUAUUUUGGCGCAGGGCUGGUAAACCCAUCUAAUCGAGAAUCUAUGGCCGCACAAUCCUUGAGCCCCAGUGCACUUGGCUCAGGGCCCUCGACCGCACAUCCAAUUCACCCUGCCGGCCUUGUUGGAGUCAUUGCGGGCGAAGAACGGGCACGUGCUGCACGAAGAGGCAGCCCGAACCCGGCUGGCAAUUACGAUCCCCCCGGUAUGGUCCGUUCUACGACGACUGGCGCGAUUCCCGGCAUGGGAUACCCCGUGAUGGGAGCGAUGCCGAUGAUGAGCCCAGCAGAACAAGCCCAGGCCCAGAUGUCGCUCCAGAUGCAACAAAUGAUGGAAAUGCAGGCACAGUGGAUGCAGCAGAUGCAGUCAAUGAUGGGAGUUCCAGGAGGCCCGGGGUCUCAGAUGGGUGCUCCCAGUAUGGGAGCCCCUAGUGUCUACGGCAUGUCCGUUCAGCGCCCUCAGUCAAUGCAUGGCGGGGGACCGUCCUUCCCAGGCAAUCCUCGCACGAUGAGCACGCUCAACCCCGGAAUGGCCCCAUGGAGUUCGACACCAUCUUUUAUUCCGUCAAUCAAUGUCAACGGCAAUUAUGCAUCCUCUAUUGCACCGUCGGAACGCAGCAACGUGGGACUUGCACCUCGAUACCGACCUGUGUCUGUGGUCGCAGACGUAGAGACUCAUUCGUCUCGGCGGGCAUCAACAUUCACCAGCAAUAGUUAUCAGCCCUGGAAUUCCAAGAACAGUGGACCUCAGAUGGCCCGGCAUGGGGCAAAACCAUCAGUGAAUAUGGUGGGCAGGAGAUCGCCGUUGGCUCGCCAAGAUGAUGAGGACGAUGAGCAAGGCUGGGCUGAGAUGAAGAAGAGGAAAGAAAAGAAACAGAAGAGUUGGGCAUUACGGAAGGGGACCAAUGGCUUCGAAGAUCUAUAUAGUCAUGCGACAUAAUGGCAAUACUUGCAGAAGCCUGGAGAUGUGCCAGCGAUUUGGUUGGAAGGUAUAGUGUGAUAAUUUGGGCAUAGAUGGCCGGGCAUCAAAAGCGUGUUGAUUGUUCUGUGGACCAACCAAUGGUGGGACUGGAGCUUGGAUAGACUUUACAGGUCUCUGGCCAGCGAUUCUGUGUCGCCAACGACGUAAUUUUAAGGAGAAUUGUUAUCCAUCACUCAUGAUAUUCGAAUGGAUCAAUCCGACAAAAGAGAUGAAUACACAAAUUUCUGC